GAGUGGCGCAUCCUCCUCUGGAAAUAGAAGAUCUUCGGAACAGUCGAUACAUUAGAUCGAACAAGAAUUUCUUUUAAUGUCGAUUAUCUUGUUUUUCUCGUCUUCACCGCGGGUUUAAAGUUGCUGGUUAGCUUGACAAAACAAUCUAAUGCCUGUGAACUUUGUCCUUCACGCGUGACGUGUCUUCUUUUUAAACAUUGGGGAAAUAAUGAAAGUUGGAGCCCAGCACCAUGUCGCGUCUGAGUUAGCUUUUUAGCCGGUGUUCUGUCAACGAUGGAGAACGGCGAAGUCGAGCAAAAUGACGUCUCCAACGACUCGUCACCGCUGGUGGCGGAUUCUUCUCCGAACGAGGAACUCAAGAAGCUGCUUCAAUUUAAAGUGUACAAGAGGAGAUGGCUGGUCCUCCUGGUACUGUGCCUGCUGAACUGCUCCAAUGCCACGCUAUGGCUAACCUUUGCACCAGUGGCGGACCAAUCUGCCGAGUACCUGAAGGUCACCUUGGCCAACAUUAACUGGUUGUCGGUGGUCUACAUGGUGGUGUCAAUUCCGCUCAGCGUCGGCACAACCUGGAUGCUGGACACUGUCGGCCUGCGCGCCACGAUCGUCCUGGGCGCGUGGCUGAACAUGCUCGGUGCCGUCAUGCGCAUCUGCGGAGGUCCGCCCGAUGACUUCAAGAUCCCUUACGAGUUGGUGAUGGCGGGCCAAACGCUGGCGGCGCUAGCGCAGCCGCUCAUCAUUUUUACGCCCACCAAGAUGGCGGCGCUGUGGUUCCCAGACCACCAGCGGGCCACAGCUAACAUGAUGGGCUCCAUGGCCAACCCGCUGGGACUUCUGGUGGCGAACGUGGUGUCUCCCGCUAUUGCAGACAAGGCCAGUCAAAUCCCUAGACUUUUGUUGGCUUACGCCGUUCCGGCUUGCUUUAUCUGUUUCCUGGCGACGGUGGGCAUACGUAGCAGCGCCCCACCGACGCCGCCGUCUGCCAGCGCUGAAUUCUCGACCUCCGAACCCUUCAUGAAGGGCGUCAAACUGCUACUGAAGAACCGAGCCUAUGUUUUGCUGCUGCUGUGCCUCGGCUCUGGCAUAGGAGUUUUUACGUGCUUCGCCACGCUGCUGGACCAGAUCCUAUGCGUACAGGGAUACACAAAUGACUUCGCUGGCCUAUGCGGCGCCCUCUUCAUCGUCUUCGGCAUUGUGGGCGCCGCUCUCCUGGGGCUCUACGUGGACAAAACCAAACGCUUCAUUGAGGCCAUCAAGAUCAACAUGUCCCUUUCCGCCUUGGCGGGCAUCGCUUUCUCCGUGCUGUGCCUGAUGCAGCGGCAGAACGUCGCCGUGGCUAUCGUGUGUUCGCUCUUCGGCUUCUUCGGGUAUUCUAUUUACCCGGUGGCCAUGGAGCUUUCCGUUGAAUGUUCCUAUCCGGUGGGAGAAGCUUCCACGGCAGGGCUCAUCUUCAUCUCCGGACAAAUUUUCUCAAUCUGCUACACCGUCCUACUCCAGUCUGUGGCCACGCCCCUCGCCGAAUCGCCACGCUCGACGUGCGGAGUUGCACCUCAGAGCUGGAAAGUAUCCAUGAUGGUGCUAGCAGCACUAACUACCUUCUUCACAGCACUCUUCGUCAUCGUCUUUCACACGCGCUACAAGCGGCUAGAAGCUGAAAAGGACGUCACCUGUAGGCGCAAGCGGGACUACGGAUCAUGCGCUCCUGCAGGUCCUGACCCGGCCAGCAUAAACGCAUGAUCCUCAACAACUACUAAGCAAUUUUAAUUUAAAAAAAUCUUUUUAGUAACCACUUCAUGUUUUGAUACAAAUCACUGACAGUAUUGCAGUGAACAACAUGUACUGUGAAUUUCCCUUUUUAAAAAAUGUAAACAAUAUCUUUGUACAUAAAUGGUGUUUUUCAAGCAUUUGAAAUCAGGUGUUGUGUUCAGUUGACUAUUUAAAAAAAUUAGAGGUCAGGUAAUACAGGCUAUAAAAAAAUAGCAGUUAUAAAGCAAAUUCAUCUACUAGAGCUAUAAAACUUCUGUUAGUGUUUUGUCCUACAAAUAAUUUCCUACCAAACAUGUAUCGAUAUGGUGACUAUAUUGCCAUACUUUGAAUCCCAGUAAGUUAAUAAUAUGCUCCUACCAAGAAUCAAUACAGUGGUCCCGCUUCUUUUUUUUUGCAGUUAAUGGGGACCAGAACCCACUGCGAAAAGUGAAAAACCGCAAAGUAGGAUUUAUUCACAGUACCUGAGUGAUGCAUGGGAAUUG